GCUGGAAGUCCAACCUCUGUCUCAGCUCCUCAUAGCUUCUCUCGAACUUCAGUUACGCCAUCCACCCAGGACAUCUGCAGUUCCAGUGCAGUGUUUUCUGAGUGUUGUCAUCACAGUCCAGUGCAGUCUGCUGUUGUCUUGAAAAAUCCUCACUGCCAGAGCCCUCUGACACAAGGGGUCACUGUGACAGUUGUCUGUCAGGACACAUUACAUGCAGCAAAGAGAAAUUCCCGUGGGCAGGAUCGGGGACAGGCACUCAGGUCUGCUAAGAAUGCAAAGCCCACCUGUGCUCUGAAAUUCUCCAAGUCCCUCAAUGACGUGGACCAAAAGGCGCAGAGCACCAGCGAGUGCUUUGACUAUGUGGAGCGAACACGCUCAGAAGGCAAAUUGACCCCAACUCAAGAGCAGUGUUUAAGGAUUAACAAAUUUCAUCUUAAAGAGAGGAAACUGCUGAAUCUCAAGCCUCUUUCUUAUAGCAAUUCUAAGCACUCCUACAUCCCUUCCCUUUCCAACUACUCGAGCGCAUCAGGAGAAGCAGAGAACAACAGUGCUGUACAUAUCCCCUUGCUGGAGGACAAAGUGGACCAUGACACCUCAAGGAGCAAGAAACUGUUGCGUUACCUUUUUUCCUUCUCCCACACCUCCAGCACCAGCAGCCUGCAUAAGUUCCACGAACUGGAGAGCUAUUCCAGUCACUUCCAAGCUGAGAAAUCCUCCAGCGUGCUGGUGGAAAGCACGGACUUCUGCUCUGAUGAUAUGGGAGAUGAUGACGUCUUUGAGGACAGCACCUCAGUGAAAUUGAAAACAAAAGAGCAGCGGGCACCGCUUUGUUCAGUUGAGAAGGACAGUGACCUUGACUGUCCUUCCCCCCUCUCAGAAAAAUUCCCCCCUCUCUCCCCUGUGUCCACAUCGGGGGAUACCUGCAGGAUAUGUCACUGUGAAGGAGAUGAUGAGAGCCCUUUGAUUACACCCUGUCACUGCACGGGAAGUCUUCAUUUUGUGCACCAAGCCUGCCUGCAGCAAUGGAUCAAGAGCUCAGAUACACGGUGCUGUGAACUGUGCAAGUACGAGUUCAUCAUGGAGACAAAACUGAAGCCUUUGCGGAAGUGGGAGAAGCUGCAGAUGACGGCCAGCGAGAGGAGGAAGAUCAUGUGCUCUGUAACAUUCCACAUCAUUGCCAUCACCUGUGUUGUGUGGUCUCUCUAUGUCCUGAUAGACAGGACUGCUGAAGAGAUUAAACAAGGACAGACUACUGGGAUUCUAGAGUGGCCAUUUUGGACUAAGCUGGUGGUUGUGGCUAUUGGUUUCACUGGGGGACUUCUGUUCAUGUAUGUACAAUGCAAAGUGUACAUACAGCUGUGGAAGAGACUUAAAGCUUAUAACCGAGUAAUAUAUGUACAAAACUGUCCCGAAACUAGCAAAAAGAAUAUUUUUGAAAAACCUGCACUAAUGGAGCCAAACUUCGAAAGUAAAGAAAUGCUUGGGGUUCGUCAUUCAGACACAAACUCUUCACAUUACACAGAGACAGAAGACCGUGCUGCAGAAAUCCUUCACAUCUGAUGCUGGGUGGGAGAAGUGUUUCUGUAUGUCCUUGAGGAUUUAAAAUAUCAUUGUUUACUGCAAACUACUCUACCUUUUUAAAAUCAACUAACAGCUGAGGGCUGGUGGAUGAAUUUUUUUACAUUUGUUUUUUGUUGGACUUUUUUUAAAUCCCUUUGGCAUAUCUGUCAAUGUCGUCAUUGUUACAUACCUCUCAACGUUUUGUCUCUGUAUUAGCUGAUCAAAGAGCCGCAGGAUACUGGGUAGAGUGAGCCUUGGGUUUGGUAUCAAGCAAGCCGCUAGUGAACGUCAUCAACUUCAUGGAGUCUGUUACUUUAGAAUAUGACUCUAAAUUAUUCUGCAACAUGAGUAGAGUGCGGGUUGUUUGUUUGCCUGUUGUUUGAGUGUGAUGAAGGAGAUUGUCUUAGACACUGAGAGAAAUGAGAGAGCUAGAGUCUAAUCUACCGCUGACGCUGCCACUAACACUUUGUCUUAGGCAGCAGGUGUAAAAUUUUGCUUUACGUAUUGUGAUGAAACUUACAAAGCAUAUAGCACUUUUAAAAAUCUUUAUUUUGUAAUAUGUAUGUCAAAUGAGAAUGAAACUUGAAAGCAUGUGUCAUUUUCAAAACAUCUCUUCAUUCUUUACCCCAUCUAUUCUUCUGGAACGUAAACCUCUUGCCUUAUAAAAAAAAAAAUUAAAAAAAAUUCCAACCUGUGAUUUCAAACACAUGCCCACAUUAUCUUACUAAACAUAACACUAAAAAGCUCUGCCUCCGAGUUUCCUUUGAGGAGCAAUUUUUUUCAAAGGAUAUUGCACUUGUGACUUGUUUUGGGAGAGUAGUGGAUGUGUACAAUGCUUGUUUUCAAUGCGUAAUGGUUUCAGUGCUCUGUUUUGAGGAUUGGUUUUGCGUUGGUUUGUUGUUUUUUUUUUUUUUUAACAGGUCAGACCAUCAACACACCUGUACAUAUACAUCUGAUGUAACUUUCAUUCCAAACCAUUGGCAAAGGGUUUUUUGCUCUACUGGUAAAAACGUGAGCUGUCACGGGGAAAAAAGAUGCUUAGUCAAUACAGCUAAAACUGGUUUUUCUUCUUUAGUGCUGUGUUACAUGUGAAUUACCCAAGAAUUUGACGUUGUCAGAGGAGAUGCCGAGAUCAAAGUCUAGGAAGUAAAUACUGUGUUAAGUGAAUGAGUUUAAAAAUACGUGCCUGGUUUUAGUCCUGAUGUGAUACAUCGCACAGUCAGAGAAUAGUUUUGUCUGUGCUUUUGAAUUGGGGACUGGCUUUUUAACCAGUCAACCUCUAUGAAAAGAGAGGGACAGCUUUAAAAUCUGUUUGCAGGCCUUUAGAUGGAGUUGCCCAAAGCCUGAGGUGUCUGCUGUUAGUUUGCUUGACCAAUCUGCAUCACUGAACACCUGUCCGGCUUCAAGCCCUUGUUUAACAAAAGUCUCAGUGUGACUGGAGCGCAAACGAAGCCCCACGAAAAGUCAGCACACGAGACUUCUGCAUUUGAAAACUGGCUUUCUCUGCUUGAGCACUAUCUAAAUCUCUGUAAAGUCAAUUAUAAUCUUCUGGUUGGUCUUAGUAGGAGUUGCCUGGACUUCUCAGUUAGGUAAAACCUUCUGUUUACAUGUUGAGAUACUGAACUGAAUCCCCAGCUCCAGUUCAGAUUUUACUUGAUCUUUUUCAAGUGCAGCUUUCGUUGAGCAAGUUCUUUUGGUAAUAAAAGUAGUUGUUUUA